GGCCAAGCCCAUCUUGCGCUUUUUCUAGGAUCCGGUAGGCAGCGGUAGCGGCAGGCUGUAGAGGAGGGCUCGGCACGAAAAGCAACGUUGCAAUUUUUUGACGUCCCCCCAAAAAAAAAAAUUUUUUUUAGAGCUGAAGCAACUUCUUAAAACUGCACAAUGAGGGAAAUCGUACACAUCCAAGCCGGCCAGUGCGGAAAUCAAAUCGGGGCAAAGUUCUGGGAAGUGAUCAGCGAUGAACAUGGGAUUGACCCAACAGGUACCUACCAUGGUGACAGUGACCUGCAGCUAGACAGAAUCAGUGUCUACUACAAUGAGGCCACAGGUGGUAAAUACGUUCCUAGAGCCAUCCUGGUAGAUCUGGAACCCGGGACCAUGGACUCUGUACGCUCCGGCCCCUUUGGGCAGAUCUUCAGACCAGACAACUUUGUUUUCGGACAAAGUGGUGCAGGCAACAACUGGGCUAAGGGUCAUUACACCGAGGGAGCUGAGCUGGUAGACUCAGUCCUGGAUGUGGUGAGGAAAGAGGCAGAAAGCUGCGACUGCCUGCAGGGCUUCCAGCUCACUCACUCUCUGGGAGGAGGCACUGGCUCCGGGAUGGGCACCCUGCUCAUCAGCAAGAUCAGAGAGGAGUACCCCGACCGCAUCAUGAACACGUUCAGCGUGGUGCCCUCCCCUAAAGUCUCGGACACGGUCGUCGAGCCCUACAACGCCACCCUGUCUGUUCACCAGCUGGUGGAAAACACGGACGAGACCUACUGCAUCGACAACGAAGCGCUGUAUGACAUCUGCUUCCGCACGCUCAAGCUCACCACCCCCACCUACGGGGAUCUCAACCACCUGGUCUCCGCUACCAUGAGCGGCGUCACCACCUGCCUGCGUUUCCCCGGCCAGCUGAACGCCGAUCUGCGCAAGCUGGCGGUCAACAUGGUCCCCUUCCCUCGUCUGCAUUUCUUCAUGCCUGGGUUCGCCCCCCUCACCAGCAGGGGGAGCCAGCAGUACCGCGCCCUCACCGUUCCGGAGCUCACCCAGCAGGUGUUCGACGCCAAGAACAUGAUGGCGGCCUGCGACCCUCGCCACGGGCGCUACCUAACCGUGGCGGCAGUGUUCCGCGGCCGCAUGUCCAUGAAGGAGGUGGACGAGCAGAUGCUGAACGUGCAGAACAAGAACAGCAGCUACUUCGUGGAGUGGAUCCCCAACAACGUGAAGACUGCCGUCUGCGACAUCCCGCCAAGGGGGCUCAAAAUGGCGGUGACCUUCAUCGGCAACAGCACGGCCAUCCAGGAGCUGUUCAAGCGCAUCUCCGAGCAGUUCACUGCCAUGUUCCGGCGCAAGGCUUUCCUGCAUUGGUACACCGGAGAGGGCAUGGAUGAGAUGGAGUUCACCGAGGCUGAGAGCAACAUGAACGACCUGGUGUCCGAAUACCAGCAGUACCAGGACGCCACCGCUGAAGAGGAAGGCGAGUUCGAAGAAGAGGCUGAGGAAGAUGCCUAGAGAGAGAGAGGGAGCGGGAUCCAUCCGAACCUCAAAACUGAGGGGGAGCAAAAAAAAAAAAAAGGCUGCACCUAGUUUUUUUUUUUUUUUUUUUUUUUUUUUUUUUUUUUUUUUUGGUUUUUCGCUGAGCUUUCACCAUUCAGAGUUGUAGAGUAGAAAUCAAGACCGCGGACUGAAAGGUAUUAAAGAAAGUUGAAGGUAGCUACGGGCUGUGCUCAAGCACGUGAGGGUAGAUGCCUGGUUUUAUGUGUUAUUAUACUCCCUAGUACGGCUGGCCUGGCCUAAUGUCUGUUGUAAACGAAAAUCUAUUUCGCACAAUAACGUUAAGAAAUCGGCUUUACUUGCUGAGAACAGAUUAAGUGUUGAGACUAAGCCUGCAGCCAGGUGGUGCAUUUCUCUAUUUCCAGUGCCCCCAGAAAGGAAGCACCAACUCCCAAAGCAGUUAACAGUGUUACAUGUGCAGUGUGUUCAAUCAGGUGUGAUCGUCGCUAGCGCUGGAAAACGCUUUGCCCCGAUCACCCAAUCCUGAGAGUAUAGAUCACACCAAUGCAUUUUUUUUUUUUUAUUGAAAAGCAAAAAGAAUUGAAUGUUUUUAGGAAUCUGGCGAUUGGAUCUCUGGUUGUGAAUGUUUCUGCUUCACAUUAUUCACAGACUCAGAUCUGAAAGUUUACUAAUCAUGGACAGAAUUGUAGUAGGGUUU